AUGAAGCCAGGCGGCAGAAUGGUGCGGGUGCAGGAGAGCCUUUCCGUGGCCCAUAAGACCCCUGGGUGCCCAGUGGGAUUCCAUCAUUCAGAGAGAUGCAUCAUGAUUCUUAAAUCUGCAGCUGUUAGUCAACAGAUGAAACUUGGUCCAACGGGCUUGAUCAAGAUCAAGCUCUGGUCAGCCGGAAAGAUGCUGGAGGGCGUGGCUAUCUCUCAAGGAAAGCGUCCCCCGGAGCUGAUCCAGCCCAGAGCUCGCACCCGAGACCCAGAUCCCCAGGUGCACCUUGUUCCUGCUCUCUGCCCCCACCCUGCUCCGAAUCCUCACGUGCAAAGGGUGGUGGGUAGGGGGCCCUACUCCCGGGCGACCCUGUUACCAAGCAACGGGAUGCCCGGACCCUUCCUUCCCACCCCUUUCCACCCGCGCCCUACUACAGCUUCAAGCCCCAGCACCUCUACCCCGCCGCUGCCUCUGCGUGGCCCCAGCGCGCCCUCUUGUGGCUGCUCAGGGCGUCCGCGUCCGGAAUCUCCUCGCCCACCUCCCCAGGCUCCCCGCUCCUACUCCCAACAAAAUCAAAAGCGGUUGAACGGUUCUGUUACAGAAGAGCACCUUGAGGAAGACAAUGAAGUCGACUCCGUUCUCCUUUCAGCGUCCAAGAUCCUAAAUUCCUCUGAAGGGGGUAAGGAAAGUGGUGGCAGUGAAACAGAAUAUGGCUGCAGACCAGAAUCAGAAAAUCAAGUCCAACCACAAUCAGCAUUAAAGGUUCUUCAGAAUCAAUUGGAAUCAUUUCAGGCUCUCAGAAUACAGACUUUGCAGAAUGUUAGCAUGGUACAGUCUGAAAUCAGUGAUAUACUGAACAAAAGUAUUAUUGAAGUAGAAAACCCACAAUUUAGCUCAGAAAAAGAUCUAAUAUUCAGCACACGCUUUGAAAAGACUUUGCCCAUAGAGAAUGAAGAAGAAAUCCUUUCUAUGGAGAAAAUUCAUCAUUUUGAGGAUUCAAGGUUUCUCCAUUCAGUGGAAGAAAAAUUUAGUAGUGAUAGUGUUAACAAUCUCUCUCAAAAUAUAAAUACUCCAUCUACAAUACAUUUCAAGGACAUACUACCUCUGAGAACAUCAACAGAUAAUGCAGCUUCAAAUAUAAUUAUGAACCCUUCAGGAAAUUCUGACAUGCUGAAGAAUUAUAAUAACCUUUACAGUUUUCUACCUAACUCACCUCAAAAUGGAAUGUCUCAAUCUGAUACUGUAAUUCUGGAUGAAUCCUCAAUUACUGUGCCUUUUCUCAGGCAUGAAUUUUGUGAAAAUUUAGAUGAUAUUUGCCAUUCUAUCAAACAAAUGAAGGAGGAGCUUCAAAAGUCACAUGAUAGGGAAUUGAUGCUUACAAAUGAACUUCAAACUUUAAAAACUGAUACAGAUGUUCAAAGUAAUGGUAAAUAUGACCUGUCCCCCAUCCACAGGGAAAAUAUUAAUUUUAUUAAGGAAGGAAAUAUGGAAAAUAACUUAAAUGAAGAUAAAAAAUCUAGAAGAAUUAAAGAAUUAGAGGCAUUAGUAAACAAAUUGCUCCCUCUCAGAGAAACAGUGUCAAAAGUCCAUGUGAAUUUUUGUAAGAAAUGUAAAAAAUUAUCUAAGAGUGAAAUACACAGAGGAAAGAAGAACGAGAAAUAUAAUAUGGAAAUUCCUAUCACUGGCAAGAAUAUUACAGAUUUAAAAUUCCAUUCCAGAGUUCCAAGAGAUACACUGUUAUUCCUUGACCAAACAAAACAUAAAAUGAAUGACAAAGAAAGGCAAUCAUUUGUACUAAAACAAGGAUCAGCAAUAUUUGAAAAUGAGAAAGCAUGCAAAGUCAGUUCUGUAACUGAGCAAUGUGUGGCAAAAAUUCAAUUCUUACAGAAAUACCUAAAAGAAUCUAUGCAGACACAGAAAAAAGUAACAGAGCUAGAGAAUGAAAAUCUAACUCUAAAGACCAAAAUAAAACCUCUUGUCUCUACCAUACAAUCACUGAUUCAGAAAAUUGAAACCUAUGAAAAGCAACUUAAGAAGAUGGUUGAAGAAAAGAACACUAUUCAAUGCAGGUUACUUAAAGCAGAAGAAGAUGGCAAAGAAUGUCUGAAAGAAUUGAAGAAAAUAAUCAGUGAGUAUAAUGUCCUUCAAUACCAAUAUAAAACUCUGGAGGAAAAAAAUAGUCAACUUUCUUUGGAGAACCAACAAAUGAUAGAAACAUUAGAUCAACUGCAAAGUAAGGAAUACAAAACUCAAAAUGAUUUUGCCAUUGUCAAUAAUGAAAAUAAUCGAAUGAGUAUAGAAAUGGAAUCAAUGAAAACAAAUGUUCUAUUGAUACAAGAUGAAAAAGAAAUGCUAGAGAAAAAAACAUACCAGCUUCUAAAAGAAAAAAACUCACUUGAAAAGGAAGUAAAAGAAAAACUUCUAGAGAUAAUGCAACUAAAAGAGAAAGAAAGACUGGCAAAAACUGACCAAGAGACACUUCUUCAAAUAAUAGAAACAUUUAAAAAUGAAAAACUUGAUCUUGAAAAAACAUUACAAGAAUCUACUGCUGCUAGACAGAUGAUGGAAAGAGAAGUUGAGAACAUUCAAACCUACCAAUCUAACGCGGAAGAGAAUUUUCUGAAAGAAAUUAAAAAUGCAAAAUCAGAAGCAAGUAUUUAUAAGAAUAGCUUGUCGGAAAUGGGCCAAGAAUGUGAAAUGUUAUCUAAAAUGGUAAUGGAAAUUAAAACAGAUAAUCAGAUUCUAAAAGAAGAACUAAAGAAACAUAGUCAAGAAAAUAUAAAAUUUGAAAACAGCAUUAGUAGGCUUACUGAAGAAAAACUACUUUUAGAAAACUAUGUAAGAAGUAUACAAAAUGAAAGGGAUACCUUGGAAUUUGAAAUGCGGAAUCUUCAACGAGAAUAUCUUAACUUAAGUGAUAAAAUCUGUGGUCAGCACAGUGACCUAUCAAAAAUGGCUUACAUCUCAAGAAAGGAGAAAUAUCAUUUUGACAACUCUGAUACUUAUGAAGAAAGUAGGAGUCGGAGUAGGCCUUUAGCUCCUGAUUUUAAAGGUAUGUAUAUGGUGGUGGAUUUGUAA